AUGGGUAAACUAAACCCCGCCCUUUCCCCACUGCAGAAGAAGACAUCAACAAAUGUUUAUCCACCCGUUCCAAAGAACUGUGUUGUUACGGGUGGUACAGGUUUCGUGGGCACGCGGCUCGUGGAAAUGCUCGUGGAGCGAGGAGCUGAGAGGGUCGUGAGUUUUGAUAUCGUACCGAUGGAGUCCGCCGUCAGUGCGUGGCAACAUCCUGUCAUUGAAUACGUUGUAGGGGAUAUUACUAACUACAACGAUGUGUUGGUUGCUCUAGAGGGUGCCGACUGUGUGUGGCAUCUGGCGGCUGCUGUUGGGCCAUUUCACCCGCGCGAGUUGUACCGCAAGGUGAACUAUGGGGGCACAAUGAAUGUCAUUCGCGCGUGCUUUCAGCUGGGUGUGAAAAAACUUGUGAUGAGCAGCUCACCGUCCACGCGCUUCAAGGGGGGUCUUUUUCACCGACCAUGCGUUGAUGGACUUACGGAAGAUGAGAUGCCAAAGUUGCCGUUGGAUUCUUACAUGCAGAUGUACGCUGAGACUAAGGCGGAAGCAGAACUAGCCGUGACUGCCGCAUCUUGUGACGACCUUUUAACAGUAAGUGUAGCACCUCACCAAGUUUAUGGUCCACGAGACAACCUUUUCCUGCCGAAUAUGCUGGAGGCUGCGGGAACGGGGAAACUGCGUGUUUUUGGCUCUGGAAAGAAUAGGAUAUGCUUUACGCACGUGGACAAUUAUGCCCAUGGCCUUAUAAUAGCGGAGCGGGGGUUGUACAAGGGUUCACCCAUCCUGGGUAAAUUUUAUAUCGUGACUGAUGGAAGCACUCAUCCCGAACCCGAUGCAUACUGCAUUUUUUGGAAUGAGCUGGACAAAGCGGUGGUCGCAAUGGGAUUCGUAUCUAUUCAUAAAAAAAUACGCGUCAGUUUCUGGUUGAUCUAUGUUGUUGCUCUGGCGGGAGAGUUGGUCGGCUGGAUGUUUGGAUUUGUGUUUAAGCUCAAUGUUUUCAACGUCUUCGUUUUGACGAUGCAUCGAUGGUUUCGUAUAACUGCGGCCGAAAGGGAUCUUGGCUAUAGGCCAAUAAUAUCGUUUACUGAAGGCUGGGAUGACACCAUUACGUGGUUUAAGAUGAACUGGCUUCCUACAUUUGAGGGGCGGAGUCGGUCUUUAUUGGGUUUGUCGCACCGCUCGCAGCAAAAAAUUGACAUACAGGCAAGGAUGACAAGGUAA